GGACCCUCGAGCGAAGCUUUUGGCGCGUGCCUCGCGCGAAGCCUUGGCGCGAACCCUCGAGCGAAGCUUUGGCGUGAACCCUCGAGCGAAGCCUUGGCGCAAACCCUCGAGCGAAGCUUUGGCGUGAACCCUCGAGCGAAGCCUCGGCGCGUGCCUCGAGCGAACCCUCGAGCGAAGCCUCGGCGCGUGCCUUCGCCCCGCACAGCACGCUGUCGACGUCCGAGGUAAUCUCAGUCGUGCUGGGACGCGAUUCUGCGGUCAUGUGGCUCCGCCAACCGCCUUGCGUGUACGCCUUUCCAUCCAUCCAUCCGUUGGUCGUCUCAUCGGAUCGCAACCUCGCCUUUGUAUAUGCCCUGCUCUCUCUUGACCCCUCAUUCACGAUUGGUGAGUCGCUCUUGGCGCUGACAUUGGCGCAUUCGCGCAUCCAGUGGUGCGAUAGGGGAUGGUUGCGGGGGCGAUACGAGCGAGCGAAUGGAUGCGCGGGCGAGCGAGCAUCGCAUCAUCGACUCCGACGUAGACACAGCGAUGCGAAUGGGGACGAGCUCGGAGGACGCGACCUUACGCUCGGAAUGGAAUGCUGUCGGUUCUGCGUCGUGAGCGUGCGAAUGACCCGCAAUAUGGGAAGAAUGCCGACGAGCGAGCGGUACAACAGCACAGCCACCGACAAUCAGCAAAGCGAGCGAUGCGCUUGCGGUGCAGCCUCCAAGAGGACCGCGAGCGAGGUGAACCCAAUCAACGACCGCAACGCGCGCUCGCUCGCUUGAUAUGCGAUCUUCUAUCCGAUCUUGAGAUUUGACGAUGCACAGCUCACCAUCCUUUUACGUUGUAUUGUGGUCGAGCCCUUUGUGCUGACCUCGGGCCGCCCUGGAAAGGCGUUGUU